UGCUGAGCAAAUGCAUCUAGCUUCAGCCUUGCUCUCGUCUUCGGCAAUGGGUGGGUCGGGUUCUUGUAGGUCGUUCAAGAAUGGCACUAACGGUACAGUACCUGCCUCUUGUUCUAGUAAAGGAUCUUCACUUGGUUCCUGUACCACUGUUUCUAACCGGACUAAGAGGAGGUCAUCUCGAGGUCAAGUUUCAUCUCUAUCAUCUUCAAGUGUGGGUGCUGCAGGAGGAACGAAUGGCGUAGGCGUAUCCUGUUUGCGUAAGUACAACAGGCACAAUUAUUGGAAAGCCGAUAUAAUUAACGGUC